CGGGCUGCUCUCUUCUUUAACUAAUUAUAAAGGAUCCCAGCUCUGUGAUUCCUCUAACGAGCCUCCAAGCAACACACCCGUCCAUUUAUGGAAAGAGGCUCGUAGAUGGUGUCACUGCUGCCGCUCUCUUCCGAGCUCUCUCCCUAGCUCUCUCUCUUCCUCUCCCUAGCUCGCUCUCUCUCUCUCUCUGUCUCUCUCUGUCUCUCUCUGUCUCGCUCUCUCUCAUAGAAAAGUAGAGGAGGGGAGAUCACUUACAAGACUUGCACAGGUUUCUUCUGAUCAGCAACACCAGCGGGCUGCUGCUCCUUGUCUUCACACUUUUCUCUAGAGAUCUUCAGUACUUUGCUCCUCUAUAAAUACUUCGCUGAUCAGUCCCAUCCAGCAUCGCAGCAGUACUCAGCCGGCUGUAGUGGUCCAUCUACUACAGCGCUAACACGGAGCCAUGCAAUCAAUCACGCUGGUUAGCAGACACUGCUGUUUAGUCCUUGCCAUCACCACCUACCUGUAUGUGACAAUCCAAGCAGAUUGCAGCAAAGAUUGCGCUUCCUGUACUUACCAUUUGGGACAAGCAACUGAAAUCAACGCUUUGACAUGCACAUUGGAAUGUGAAGGACAACUGCCAUCUGCCAAAGCCUGGGGAACCUGCAAAGAGCUUCUCCAAACAGCUAAAGAGGACAAUGCGUCAGAAGCUGAGAAAGAGACAGAUGAUAGCCACUUAUUAGCCAAAAAAUAUGGGGGAUUUAUGAAGCGAUAUGGUGGCUUCAUGAAAAAGAAAAUGGAUGAGCUGUACCAUACUGAACCAGAGGAAGAAUCUACAGGUGGAGAGGUUCUUGCUAAGAAGUAUGGAGGCUUCAUGAAGAAAGAGUUUGACAGUGAUACCUCAGAUCUCCUCAGAGAGCUUCUAGGUACUGGUGCUGAUGCUGAUAGUGAAACACAAGGAGAGGUAAACAAAAGGUACGGAGGCUUCAUGAGAGGUUACAAAAGAAGUCCAGAUGUUGAAGAUGAGGCUAAAGAUCUGCAGAAGCGAUAUGGUGGCUUUAUGAGAAGAGUAGGUAGGCCUGAAUGGUGGCAGGACUACCAGAAAAGAUAUGGAGGGUUCAUGAGGCGCUUUGCUGAUUCUUUUCUUCCUUCAGAUGAAGACGGUGAAAGCUAUUCCAAAGAAAUACCAGAAAUGGAUAAAAGAUAUGGUGGAUUUAUGAGAUUUUAGUUCCAUUCCCUCCUACCCCAGAUUUAUUGAAAAAGACUGCCUCAUUGAUCAUAUUUUAUUGUAAUGUGUUGCCUGCACUGUACAGUUUUUUACUGUCUUAGUUAACAACGCAACUCGUACUCUGUUAUAUCAGGCUCUGUGUUCUUUAUAACUCAACAACAAAAUCUGUUUGUCACAUUUACGUUUAUACUGUAGGUAUUAUGCUGAAAAUAUUUUUGUUACUGUAUUUUUUCUUUUAAAUGGAAUACAUCUACCAAUGCUUAUUGUAUAUAAAUAAAUUAUUCAUCAUA